AUGACCGCGCACGAUAAGCCUGGCCCAAGGGUAUCUAGGAAUUGUGGGAAUUGCCGGUCUGUCAAGCGACGUUGUGAUCGCCAACGACCGCAUUGUGGACAAUGCAUCCGACUUCGUGAGAGAUGCCCCGGAUAUCGAGAUGAAUGGGAGCUCGUAUUCCGCAAUGACACAGACAAAACUAUCAAACGUGUCAAGGAGAAAAAAGCCAAAACCACCGCCACCCCUAAUAUAGCCCCGCCUACUUGCAGCUUGAGUCCGAGAGUGGACGAUCUGGGCGUCAACUAUUUUGUCCGCCACUUUGUCAUCGGCGGCCGCGCUGAUGCGCGUGGAUGUCUCAACUAUAUUCCUUCCAUCUAUCAUGCCGAUGGUGAGCAAUCAACGUUGGUGGCUAGCAUGUCAGCUGUAGGCCUUGUUGCACUAGCCAAUGCUAGUCAACACCCCGAACUAGCCAGCCAUGCACGCGCUAAAUACUUGGAGGCCAUACGAAAUGUCAAUGCUGCUUUGGCAUGUCCUGUCGAGUCCAUCAAGGACAGCACUUUGAUGUCAGUCAUCUCAUUAGGAAUAUUUGAGCAUGUCUCUGCCUACGAGUCAUGGGCUCGACAUGUCCGGGGUGCGGCAGCGCUACUGGUUGCUCGAGGGAAGUCACAAUUUUCUACACCCGUCGCAAUACGCAUGUUCAACCAAGUGCGCAAGGAUUUGGUAAUUGUCUGUUUCCGUAGUGACGAGGCAUUUCCGGAGGAGAUACUGGAACUGCAGGAAGAGGCUGCUAGAUACACAGAUACAUCUACCUCUGCGUGGAUCAUGGGAGUACUAAGCACGCGGUGCGUAACGGUACUUACGAAGGUCAGAGAGAAUAUGUACAAGGUCGGAUUUCCUUGGAUUGGGAUCUUAGACGAAGCCAGUUUGCUCGCUCGCGACUUUGAGGAUCUUGCUGCCGUGCUUGCCGUACAAGAACCAUAUCUAGUCACGCGAAUGCCUGACUUGGACUCAGACAUGGUUCCCAAUGGAGUAUAUGCUGUCUUUAAAGAUGCCUGGGCAAUCAGGCUCUGGUCGAAUCAGCGAACUCUUCAAAUGGUUGUGUAUGAAAUCAUAUACUGGAUCUUGGUCAAGAUUCUUUCCACGGACCUCGAAGCCGCUAUCCGUGACCAAAUGAAAGUAAAGCUUCACAGAACUAUGCAUACUCUGUCGAAAUUGGGUGACGACAUCUUAGCCAUUGCUCCGCAGGCUAUGGAACUUGUAUGCUGCUCAGCGCCCAAAUCCGGACCUCCUUUCGGUCUCUCCGUGCAAGGCAGCGUGUCAGGCGGGUAUCUGAUGACAUGGGGUCUCUUUAUGAUAGCGAAGUCAGCAGCUCCAAAACCAGAGACCCGGAAGUGUGCUAUCCGCCUUCUCCAGGACAUAGGUAGAAACACAGGCAUGUCAGUUGCCCUGCAUUUGGUUCAGAUAGCCAUAGAAAUCUGCCAAAAGAUGGGAUAA